UCAAGUUCCAUCGCUCCUGGUGAUACCAGAAGGAGAAAAACCACAUUGCGCGCGAUAAGGCGAAUGUCAGCACAGCUUCAGCUCCGGAUUGCGAGACAUCACUCACGACCAACUAAAUAAACAGCCUCAAGCAUUCUUCCAAGCUGAACAACGUUGCUUUUGCCACUCCGCAGCAAGUCUCUCCAUUAUCGCCGAGACGCUCCAAGCGCAUCGCAACCAUGGCGCCUAGACAAGAAGUCGCCGCUGCAUCACCGAGCACUACACGCCGCCUGAGGCUCCAAGCUGAGCAGCCCUUUCGGCGAAACCGAAUUUCCCGCCGGAGGGCCCAGCCGCUCUCGAAAAAGACCAUCCAGUACAUUACAGCUCUCUCAGAGGGGUGUGUGUCUUCAAUGAAAGAAGAGACGGAUACAGAGACCGAAACCGAAACUGAGGCUGAGACGCGGUGGGAGCGAAGCACUCGUGGAGAUGCAAAGACUCUUUGGGUCGAGCAGCUGUACCGCUAUGAGGAGCUGUGAGGCUGAGCAGCUACGAUGAUUGAUUUCUAUUUUGAUUUGUGCGAGAAAUGUUUUAAACGAGUGAAAAAGAGCGUGAAAAGAGCGUGUAUCUGGGUACAAAUGGGUGCCAUGUCAGGUAAGAUGAAGGCUGGCUGUCUAAGAGUUUAGCUGAUCGAGCAAUCGGGCGAUGAACGCUGAAUGACCAGUACUUGGGUUUUCUUUCUCUACUGUCUUUAUUUUUUUAGGAAUUUGUAUUAAAACUGAAUAUUAACGAAUGAUGACUCAAAUAUAGUUGUUACUGCCACAAUGUUGGCCUUGCUGCCGUUUCAUCCGAGUGUACAUCUGUGUCUUGAGUUUGCAUCU